AUUCCACAUCCCACUCCCAGUUCAGACCCACAUUUUUUGUAUUGCAUGUUCCACGUGUGGUUUCAGCGUUCGGCCAGGCGAUGGGCAGCAUCAAUCCUGUGGCCGGUGGCCUUGUUCUGAUUCAUGGCACACCCACCCAGCGCCGGCAACUGCACCGGGGCGAGCUCCGGGGCCUUUUGGAGGAUGCUCAGGAGGACUUCCCCCCUCGGCGCCGCUGGCCGCUAUGGUUUAACGCCUUCGUGAAGGCACAUAUGGAACCCGUAUUGGUUCUGCGCUUGGCCGAACUCGCCAGCCUAGAUGAUGAACUGCGCUCCGAGGAGCAAACCUUGAAGAACCAGCAGGUUCCAUGUGUCGCUCCGUGGCCGCCUGUGGCAGCAGGAAACUUGGAGUGGCUGGUUGACUCGGAGCUGGUGAGGCUUGAAGCAAGCCUGCCGGAUAAAAAGAUCUAAACAGCAGGUCACGAAAGCUAGCGUCAGCUAGCUGGAGUUCCUCUUGCUUUGGCAAGUUUGUAGUUGGGGGCUGGAAUCGGCUAUCAAGUGAAUGAAUCACCACUAAGCCACCCCUCCCCCCUUCGUGACGUUGCUAGCAAGUCAUAUGCUUCUCUCACAUUUUGUUUACAUGGUGU